GUGCCUUUAAAUUGCUGCUUUCGGAGGGUGCAUCCAGGGGGAGGUGGGAGGGAGGGAAACAUCUUCCUACCAGUCUCCCUCCUCCCUCCCCUCCAAGACUCUCCAGGGUUUGGAGAGUGAUUGCUGCCCAAAGAGAAUCUCCUUCAGCUCCCUGGCAGGCGGGCUGAGGCCCUCUGGAACCCCAGGCGAGCCAGAGCAGGAGCCCGAAAGGUUAUCUGUGUCAGGAUCAUUUCCAGGGGGCCAGUUCUGGCCCCUGACUGGUAACGACAGGGCAGAGGAGAAGAGAGCAGAAGAGGAAAGAGAGCGCACAACUCCUAGCCCAGCCCCACGGGCUCCUUGUGAACAGACCAAGUUGGAGGAAGGCUCUGUACUUUCUGCAGCGUUCCCCCCUGCUGGGCUAUCCCUCUCACCUUGGCAGCCAGACUGAGAAAGGGCUCCAGGGUCCCUGCGGAAUGACAACUCUCGUUCCUGCAACCUUCUCCUUCCUUCUCCUCUGGACCCUGCCAGGGCAGGUCCUCCUCAGGGUGGCCUUGGCAAUAGAGGAAGUCAAAUCUGGGACCGAGGGGUCCCAGCCCAUGUCCCCCUCUGAUUUCCUGGAUAAGCUUAUGGGGCGAACAUCUGGGUAUGAUGCUAGGAUUCGACCCAAUUUUAAAGGCCCACCUGUGAACGUGACUUGUAACAUCUUCAUCAACAGUUUUGGCUCUGUCACCAAGACUACUAUGGACUAUCGGGUGAAUGUCUUCUUGCGGCAACAGUGGAAUGACCCGCGCCUAGCUUACCGAGAAUAUUCUGAUGACUCUUUGGACCUUGAUCCCUCUAUGCUGGAUUCUAUCUGGAAGCCAGACCUGUUCUUUGCCAAUGAGAAAGGGGCCAACUUCCAUGAGGUGACCACAGACAACAAGUUACUGCGCAUCUUCAAGAACGGGAAUGUGCUCUACAGCAUCAGGCUGACCCUCAUUUUGUCCUGCCCAAUGGACCUCAAGAACUUCCCCAUGGACAUCCAGACAUGCACCAUGCAGCUGGAGAGCUUUGGCUACACCAUGAAUGACCUCGUGUUUGAGUGGCUGGAAGAUGCUCCUGCUGUCCAAGUGGCUGAGGGGCUGACUCUGCCCCAGUUCAUCUUGCGAGAUGAGAAGGAUCUAGGCUACUGUACCAAGCACUACAACACAGGGAAAUUCACCUGCAUUGAGGUAAAGUUUCACCUGGAGCGGCAGAUGGGCUACUAUCUGAUUCAGAUGUACAUCCCCAGCCUACUCAUCGUCAUCCUGUCCUGGGUCUCCUUCUGGAUCAACAUGGAUGCCGCCCCUGCCCGUGUGGGCCUAGGCAUCACCACUGUGCUCACCAUGACCACUCAGAGCUCUGGCUCCCGGGCCUCUUUGCCUAAGGUGUCCUACGUGAAGGCAAUUGACAUCUGGAUGGCUGUGUGCCUGCUCUUCGUGUUCGCUGCACUACUGGAGUACGCUGCUGUCAAUUUUGUCUCUCGUCAGCAUAAGGAAUUCAUACGACUUCGAAGAAGGCAGAGGCGCCAACGCAUGGAGGAAGAUAUCAUCCAAGAAAGUCGCUUCUAUUUCCAUGGCUAUGGCCUGGGCCACUGCCUGCAGGCAAGGGAUGGAGGUCCAAUGGAAGGUUCUGGCAUUUAUACCCCCCAACCUCCAGCCCCUCUUCUAAGGAAAGGAGAAACCAUGCGGAAACUCUACGUGGACCAAGCCAAGAGGAUUGACACCAUCUCCCGGGCUGUCUUCCCUUUCACUUUCCUCAUCUUCAACAUCUUCUACUGGGUUGUCUAUAAAGUGCUACGGUCAGAAGAUAUUCACCAGGCACUGUGA